AUGACAGUUCAUGAAUGUAAAAUUGUUAAAAUACUGGAUAAAAACAUUAUAUUUAGAAAAUGUAAAAGUUGCUCAAAAUCAAUCGUUCGAAAAAAGACAAAUGAUAAAAAUGUUGAUAGUCUGGAUGUCUAUUAUUGUGGACAUUGUAAAAAAGAUGUUGAUGAAUUUAAAGUUAACUAUAAAUUAAAUUUGAUUUGUAUAAAUGUUCUUGAAAACACUAUGGACGUAUUUGAUGUUUAUGACGAAAUAGUUGAGUCAGUAAUGGGAUGUACAGCAGAAGAACUACUAGAGUAUUUGAAAGAAGAUGCAAGAUUAUUAGAUAAAAUUGAACAGCAGUUUAAAGGACUCUACUGCACUUUAGAAACGAAGAAUCGAAAAAGGGAUCAAGAAACAAGAGACCAAAAGAAAAGGGUUAUCAAGCUUAAGCUCUCUAAUGAUUUAAAAAUGAUUGACAUUUUAAAAAAAUUACAACAUGAAUAUGAUUCUUCUCUGAAUGCUAUUAAGAUCAAUGACUUGUUUAAUAACUGA